ACUUGAUUGAACUCUUUGGUGUAGACCAAUUUUUGACACCCUAACAUUUCACCGAGACUCCUCUUUCUUCUCGGUCGCUACUUUCCCUCUUUCCUCGCAGAUCGAGGAAGGAGGAGGAGAUGUCGACGCCGGCGAGGAAGCGAUUGAUGAGGGAUUUCAAGAGGCUGCAUCAAGAUCCGCCGGCGGGCAUCAGUGGCGCUCCUCUCGACAACAAUAUCAUGUUCUGGAACGCUGUGAUCUUUGGGCCUGAUGAUACGCCAUGGGAUGGAGGGACGUUUAAGCUCACACUACAGUUCGCUGAGGAUUAUCCAAACAAACCUCCAAUUGUUCGCUUCGUUUCGAGAAUGUUUCAUCCAAACAUAUAUGCAGAUGGGAGCAUUUGCUUGGACAUUUUACAAAAUCAGUGGAGUCCAAUUUACGAUGUUGCGGCUAUAUUGACUUCUAUUCAGUCUCUUCUCUGCGACCCAAAUCCGAACUCGCCGGCGAACUCCGAGGCGGCACGCAUGUUCAGCGAGAACAAGCGGGAGUACAAUAGGAGAGUUCGGAGCGUUGUCGAGCAAAGCUGGACGGCUGAUUGAAGAAGCCAGCUGCUUCUGCAACUACAGGCAAAUGCUGUUCUUAUUACUAUUAUACAGUGUUCUUGCUGCUCCUGUUAGAUUUAUCCUUCAAUUUUCUUUGUGAUAACUAUCAUUAUCUGCUCAUCUCUAUGGUGUGUGAAUUUAUGAAUUCUAAGCUUAUAUAUAGUCUAUCUCUCUUGUUUUAUAAGCAUUUUUAUUUCGGCUGAA